UUUAGCAGGCACCUUUACACCCCAGCCUCUACCGUGCUCUGUGUGACUGUCUGUCCCAUAUGUUUGAGAGAAAAUCGGUCGGAUUUGUUUCGUUUUUCUCUGUAUAAAACAUUUUCUAACAAAAUGCCGCGUGGUGGAAAAGUAAAUAAGAAAGGUAGAGCAAGACAUUUCACUAGCCCAGAAGAACUAGAGAGGCAAAGAAAAGAAGAUCAACGUAACUGGAGGGCUAAACAAGAGGAAGCUUCAGAUUCUGAUUCCAAUGAGAGUAAAUCAGAAAAAUCUGGCUCUGGUUCUGGCUCUGAAUCGGAGGAAGAAGCAGUGAAUGGAAAAGGUCCCACACCAGCUGUAGAUAUUGAAAACCCAAAUCAUGUGGUAAAGCAAGCCAAGAAAGUUGGAGAUUUGGAUGUCAAUGAUGCAACAAAACCUGAGCUUUCAAGACGUGAGCGUGAAGAAAUAGAUAAACAGAAAGCCCGAGAACACUAUCAAAAGCUUCACGCUCAGGGUAAGACUGACGAGGCCCGUGCAGAUUUAGCUAGAUUAGCAAUUAUCCGACAGCAACGUGAAGAAGCUGCUAAGAAACGCGAUGACGAAAAGAAAAUGAAAGAAGCUGUUGCGGCUGCAAAGACUGCAAGUAUUCAAAAGGCAAUAGGAAAACGAACAUGAAAAAUAAAUCGUGACUUAAAAAUAUUGUAUCACUUCACUCACAGUUCCAAUUGUGGUUCACUUUUUUCUUGUCAUAUUUCCAUGUGCUCUGAUCUUCCAUUUGAUAGCUUUGCCAGGCUAUUGAUUAAAGAGAAGAAGAGGAGAGGAAGGGACCUAUUUUGCUUCCUGAAUAAAAGAGCAGAAGGAACUAAA